UAAUUUUCAAUCGCUUUCAGGCUUCUAAUCAAUAUCAGUGCGUGAGGAUAAUUACGGUUGUGUGUGUGUGUGUGUGUAUUUGUGUCAGAUCAAGAGAAACGGGCAGAACGACAGCUAAAAGAACAUGAAUAGGUUACAUAAAAAAUCACAAGGAGUUUGCACAAUGUGUUGUAGUGCUUAGUUCAGACGUAAGCAUACAAGUAAUAAUCAAAGAACAGACAUGGAGAGACUUGAAGUGUAAACACACAGAGAGAAAAGACAGGUAAAUAAAUACAGGUUCCCAUAAACUCAUCCCUUAACCAUCAGUGGGGUGUGUGUGUGUGUGUGUGUGGGAGAGAGCUGAAUAAGUGUAUAAAAGUGAGAAAGGUUUAGUGAGUUUGGAAGAGUAUUAGCCCAAGUGAGAGUAGUGCCAGAGGGAGGGUGGAAGGAGGGCUAGAGAGAGAGAGAGAGGAGGAGGAGGAGGAAAGGGUGGAACAGAGGUACUGUAUGAAGAAGAGGGAGAGUGAGGGGAGAGGGCGAGACAGACGGCAGGAGGCAGGAGCCCAGACAGGACCCAGUGACAGACAGAACACCAGAGAGAAAGUGUCAUGAUAGCGCGCUGGCUCUGUUCAAGGAAUUCCCCUGCGGUGAUGUCUCAAAAGUGACGAGUGGACGUGGAGGUGACGCCCGAGGAGUGAGCCACACAGGAUUGCGCACCAGGGAAACAGCUCAGGGUGGCGCUCGCUCCCGACAUGACAGCUCAUCCGUUUGGAAAUUAAACACAAAGUGACAGGGGAACAAAUUGAGGACCUGCAGCCAAAGGGGGAGGACCCAGUGGGACUGCUGGACUCUCUCAUCCCCUCUCUCUCUUGCUCUCUCUCUCUCUCUCUCUCUCUCUCUUACUCAUCUCCUACUUCCUUCUGCCCCAACUGCCCUGAUGGCAGCCAAUAUCUGCCCCUCUCCAGGAGCCAGCCAGCGGGACAGCCUCUCGUCUCCCCUUUAACCUCCGCAUCACCUCUCCCCUAAUCCUCCACUCCAGAGCCCUCACAACCCCCUCACCUGGGACACGCACUCAGCAGAAUGUUCUGGAAGCUGGCCUUAGCCAUGCUGCUGGCGUGGAGCCUGUGCAUGACGGCCGACUCUAAGAAGUCCAGGGGGCCCCAGGGCUCCAUCCCGUCGCCAUACAAGCUGAAGGACAACAGCCUGGCGGUGCCCCAGACCCCCGCGCUGCUGCAGCCCAUGGGCAAGCCCGAGGUGCUGGCGUCCAGCCGCGAGGCCUUGGUGGUCACCGAGCGCAAGUACCUGCGCAGCGACUGGUGCAAGACUCAGCCGCUGCGGCAGACGGUCAGCGAGGAGGGCUGCGUGAGCCGCACAGUGGUCAACCGCUUCUGCUAUGGCCAGUGCAACUCCUUCUACAUCCCGCGGCACAUCCACACGCCUUCCUCUUCCUCCUCGUCCGGCCAGCGCCAGCAGCGUCAGCGGCGCAAGCAGCCCACGCACGGCGCCUCCUUCCAGUCCUGCGCCUUCUGCCGGCCACACCGGGUCACCACGGUGACGCUGCGCCUGCACUGCCCGGGUCUGGACCCGCCGUUCCGCCACCGGAAGGUGCAGCGUGUGAAACAGUGCCGGUGUGUGUCGGUCAGCGUAAACGACACACAGUGAGGCGCUGGGGGGUGGGGUGGGGGGGGGGGGUGUAAAGCUGCCCCAGCGCUCAGAGGAACCUUGAUGUGGGCCAUAGAUACGAGUCUCUCUCUGUUGCAUGGGGGGCUUUGACGCUUACCCGAUUCUACAGGAAGCGCUGUAUGGACUCACUUCCUGUUUCCAUGGAACAUGUUUCACACAAGACGGGCAUUACUGAGCAGGACUCCUUCACAGGACAGUGUCCAGUCUCGUCACCUCUCGGGUUCUCUGUGCACACCUUUAUUUAAUCUUGGUGGUUGAAUCUGCGGUCACCAAACCCACCUCUUUUGGGAGCUCUCGUGUUAAGGACAAAUGUUUUGAUUGCUCUGAACUUCGCCUGUAGGGGACAGAGUGGACAGAGGAGCGCUCUGAACUCUGACCUCUCUUCUUGACCGGAGGUCAACUGUCUCUUGAACCUUACCCUCUUCCCUCCUCCUUGGCCUGAGUCCAAACACUCUUUCUGAGGCAAUGCAGAUAAGAGGAGUCCCCAGUGUCUGAGCCCCCCCUCUCAAACACCCCCUCUGGAGCUCAGAGACAAGACUUCAACAUGAGCCAUAACCACGGAGGAAGAUGGACAACUGAGCAAAAAAACAAUAGAACUAAGACUGAUAGGAAAAAAACAGAACUCAAUUGAUCCACCAAUGGCCUUUCAGGGCAAUGUGUGUGUGUGUGUGUGUGUGUGUGUGUGUGUAGCCAAUGAGUGUUUAGGUUGCAAUCCCAGAGCACCGUUGUCUGUCGAAAGCCACUACAUUCUCCACCACAUAUACCUUCUUUUGUACCACAGAUAUAUUUAACAAGAGUAUCCUGAUAGAUAAAGGAAUUUAUAUAUGAUAAAGGUACUGAAUAAUUUUAAAU